AUGGAUGAGGAAGAUGUGGCCAGUCCUGAUGGUAAAGAAUUCAGGAAGGAAGCGAAAUCGGCUUCAACCCUAGUUCCGACUAUAGAACAAGAAGUUGUUGGUUCUUCAGCCCCGCUGCCGUGUCAAGGUGAAAAGGAACAGGUAACUGAGGAAUUUCCCAUUUCACAGGAGGGACCCAGUUGGCAUGUUUCUGGUCAGACUGAUUUCGCAACCGUCCUCAGGAGUUUAGUCUUGAUACACAUUACUUUACGAUUAUGUGCAAUGGGAAGUUACGUUCCAGAUGCACCGAGACUCACGUGCGCUUUCCCUGUCACACCCCUCCACUUCCCACUUGCCCUUCCUCCAAACGACAAGAAGGUUUGGAAAUACUGCAGCAACUUGAUGAAUAAUUUCUUUUACAACAGGUUUAGGAGCAAGCAACGGGAGAAGUAUGCUAAGGCAAUGGAAAACCAGAGAUUGAAAAUUGGUAGUGGGAAUAAUAUUGGAGGUCUUACUGCUCACCCGUCCAAAAGAUUGCAGGCAAUAACUUUAGAACUGACAAAGAACACUGAGAAAACAGAGUCACUGUUUUCUCUCUUGAUACCAGAUAUUGAACUAAGCAAAGAAGAGAAGCAGCUGUUAAGAGAUGAAGCAUCCUGCGAAAUGAAAGAACAAAGUUCUUCAUCCGAGACUGUUAAAGCUUCAUCUCCCACUUCUUCUACAGAAAAGGACAAAGCUUCAACACCUACAGGUUCCACUGAAAAAGUGCAGGAAACUAGUGGGCAAUAUUCUUUGGGAGUGAAACGAGAAAAAGACAAUUCUCUCAUUGUUGAAGAAUUGCGGACAUUACGCGAUCACCAAAAUGACCUUAUAACUCAGUUAAUGACAGAACUUGCUCAAAUGGAAAAAGAAAACAUCCACCUUAGAAGCCAGGUUAGAGAAUUGCAGAGCAAAUGCGAACAGUAUGAGGGAGAAAAGCGACGGAUGAGGGCCAUGGCUGACUCCAGUUGUUCACCAUUUGUGUUUUCACCGCUGAGUGAAUUCUCUCCUGACCCUCCAAGUUUCCCUGAUCUGGCUCCCUUAGAGCUACCCCCUUUAGACUUCAUGGACAACUGCGAUAAAGAAUGAUAAGUAAAAAGUACAAACACUUCUACCAUUGAACUUUUGAGUUGGAAAGUGAUAUCAGUGUAGAAUCACUCAAUAUAGUUUUCUUCUGUCUUCCUUGACUUUUUAAUAUGCAUGUAUUAAGUCUGAAUAAAAAAUAACCAUAACCAUUCAAGUGGACACGUUAAUAUAUUUCUGAUUGUUCCAUUUUCAAUAAGCAUAUCAAAAAUUUUAUUUUAUCUUUUAUAUCUUACAAUGUAUCGGAAAUGCAGUCAAUCCUUGAUUAUUUAUGCAGUUAGAUCAGUACACUACUUCUGUAUAAAGCUGUUAAUAUUUGUGACUAAGCCUAGAUAUAGCAAGAUAUUGUUACACUAUUACUUGCGUAUCUAUUCUAUGUGAUAACACUGCCAUUGCCUUUACAGAAAACUAAAUACUGUAACUAGUAAUUAGUAAAAUGAACAAGUUGAGGUACACUACUGUAUUUGCAGUUAUUGAAGAUUCUGAAUAUGCUAUAGUUAGAUUCAUAUGAAUAGAAAUACAUUAGGGAUUUUUUCAGUGGGCUUUAUUCCAUGUCUCUCAACAUUUCUGAUAUUUUUUGUGUCGGUUUUAUUAUUGGGGCUCACAAUUUGGCUGUUGAUAAAGUUUUAUGGUAUAUGUAGAGAAUAUUACUUAAAUAGAUGCAGCCAGCAUUUUGGAUGAUCGAUAAUGCAUAGUAAAACAAGGCAAUGAAGUGUUUAAUUGUGAUUACUGUUAUGUUAAGAGUGUGUAUUCUAAUGUCGGGGUGGGUUCUUGGUAGAACAGUAUAUUCUAUUUCAAUAUUUAUGGUUGUUAGGUUUCUUGGUGCAAAAGUUACAAAUUCAGUAUGCCUUUAAUCCUUAAAGCUCAGUAUACUAUAUAUGUAUAUAUAUAUAUAGUACUCGUAAAAGAAAUUUGAGGAGUUUUGCAUAGAUUUCAAUUGCAGAAACAAUUUUUUUAAAUUCUGGAUAUAAAUUUCAGUUGAUUUUAACCCCAUUACUUAGAAUGCUUUUUCAUUUGUCAACAAAAAGCACUGAUGAAAACUUCGGAGAGGAAGUUACUGUUGUGGGAAUGUACAGUACAUAUAGCUACAAGACAUUGGUAAGUCAGAUUAUCUCAGAUUUCAUUUGGCAAAUGUAUUGUUUCCCCAGGCAUGAUUUGUUUGGUAAAGAAUUGCUUUUCAACCUUUUUCACUAAACUUUACCACUCAUCCUUUAUUCUUUUGUCUUUUGUUAUAUCAUCAACUGACCAUUUAACCUUUCUGUUUUAUUCAUCAGAAUCAGAGUCAUUUCAACUCUCCUCUUCUGGUGUAAGUGCCUAAAUUUGCAAAGAAGCUUUUAGUGUGUUUUCAUUUUACUUGGGGAGAAUUUCAGGUUAAAUUAUAUUCUCCUUUUUAGACUUUCAUGUUUGGUUUCUAGGCAUCUCAGGGGGUUUUAGCAGUUACUUGUUGUGUUAGUGGAGUGUAGCUAACCUAGGGUUUUUAUAUUAAGAUGUAGAGUUUUGUGGCGAAAGAAAAACAUUGUUCUUCCUUAAGUAGUUUUACUUUGGUAUAAUUUUUUUUUGUUUUUCACAGUUGUAUAAUUUACUUUGUUUCACAAGGGUUAUAUAUCUUGCAUGCUGCAAGUGUUGAGUAUCACUUGAAGUUUAUUUUAUGUCUGACCUUACCUACUGUACCAGCAAGAAUUGGUGGCACAGGUGAUGUUUGUGUAGCUACGAUAGGAAUUGUCCUCUGUGCCUGAAAAACACACUGUAGUUGUAGACACUUGAGCAAAAGGCACCAGUUUGGCAACUAUGGCCUGGGACCCUGGUGGUGGAUUAGUUUACCAUGAGUCAUAGCAACAGGCUCUUGGUUUAUUGUUCAUUCCUGCUGGGAACUGACUGCUUGAAAGUUCAGAUAAUGAACCCUUGGGAUAAACUAGGAGUUUUUGCCUUUAUUCCCAUGACCCUUCUGGGGAAGGUGCUGGAUGAAUUUUGUUGACCAGCAACAUCAGUAUGACAUUGAUAACCCUCAUAGCCCUUUGGUUACUCAGUCAGGCAAUUUUCAUAGCAGGCCAAGCGGAACAUUGGCAAUAUCCAAAUAGCAUUUUUGUAUCCGUAAUCAAGAGCAAUAGGUUAGCUUUGUUGCAAGUUUUGAGACCAAAGGAACUGAUCUUGUAAAAGCUCCCAGUGGGAACUUUCUAAAGCUCCACUUGAAUCAUUGGAGCAAGCCACUUUUUUUGCAUCAUACUGUAUCUUUGCAGUGAGUCAGUUAACUUCUUGUUUAACAAACUAACUUCAUUGCAGACCCUAAAUAUCGUUGAAAGGGGAUCUUUCUACGUCAUAUUUUGCCAUGAUGUCCGUCUUAGGCUAUUCUCAGGAGAUUGAGGCUCUCCAUAGUCCGGAGUGGUGGUACAGUGACAAAGGGGGAAGGUGAUCAUUUUAAAGUUGAUAGAGACAUGAAAUAAGAGCCAUUUUUUAUUAUAUAUAUUAAAUGUAAUCAGGAUAGUAUUAAUAUGGUGUUGUUGGCAUGGAUUCAAAAAUGGAUAGAUACUCAUUAGGACUGGUGGGAGCAGCAGGAUAAGUUGUUCCUGCAUCUGGGGAGGCUUCCAGGCUCAGAAUUCUUUUGUCAUUCCCACAGUCCUCAUCUCAUUCACCCAUUAUGGCAUCCCAGGCAACUUAAGGGUUAUCUGUUUCUGUAUUGCACAUGGAUAAUACUAUCUCCUGAGGAUACCAUUAGAAAUUUGUGUGGAUCAAUUUUUUCCUUGCAACAGGCUUAGUGAGUAAUUAAAGAGAGAUAUUGUAAACAAGUACUAUAUUCUUUUCACAAUGUCUAGUGUUACUACUCAAGUGUAAUUAGGCUUAAGCCAAACUCUUUCAGUCAUACAUUUGAAGUAUUGUUAGAAAUACAGGUUUCCUGUUUCUCCUCCCAGCCCCAUAUUAAGCGCCUCAGCGGCGUGGUUGGUAUGGUAUUAGCGUCCCACCUCGGUGGUUGUGGGUUUGAUUCUCGGCCAUUCCAUUGAAGAGUGAGAGAUGUGUAUUUCUGGUGAUAGAAGUUCACUUUCGACGUGGUUCAGAAGUCACGUAAAGCCGUUGGUCCCGUUGCUGAAUAACCACCGGUUCCAUGCAACGUAAAAGCACCAUACAAAAAAACCCAGCCCCAUAUUCCCAUUGUCAGAUGUGCAGUGACACAGACUUGAGUUGGAUUGAAAGGCGAGAUCUACCUUCUGCUCCACAUGUGCUAAAUACUCACACAUUGAUAACUCCUCUUCAAAGUUUUGUCUGUGUAUUUCCUUGACCUAUAAAAAAGCAUUAUUGUUUAAGCUAUGAUAUAUAAAAAUUUAUUUGUAGAAGUCUCCAUAUUUUGAGAUAAAUAGCUCUCACUGCAAUUUCAUAUGCUCUAGUAUGAGAAAUUUGGUUACUAGAAAUGGUGAUUAAAUAUUUUGCAUAGUAGUAUAUAAAUGAUGAAAGUGGCAUAAAUUACAAAUGCUUCUUGCCAUGCUUUUUUUUUAUAUAAUGAGUAAAUAACAAUAAGAUUGGUUUGUGGUAAAUUUGGUUAAUAGUAUAGAAGAAUUUCAGUGCCACUGUUAAGUACGAAUACAUAGUGAUCAUAGGUGAAUGGUCUUCGACCAUCCUUCACCUGAUCUACGCAUGUGUUGCCAGAUAUCACAAGAUUCCUUGCUUUCAUCUGUUUUUUAACUAGAUCCAGCUAGGCGCAAGAAAUUAUCCUAUUGUUAAGACCUGAGGUUUGUAGCUAUAAAAAUACAAAUUGUCUUAGAAAAUUUGUCAUAUUACAAGUUUUAAUUGUCCAUGUUUUUGUGUAUUUAAAAGGUCUUGGUUAGUUACUGUGUAAAGAUUAGAGUACUUGUUGCUCAUAAGUUUAUAUUGAUUUACAUUAAAUUUUUUUUUCAUGUGUUUUGUGAAGCUGAUAUACCCUUAUCUUAGGCACAUUUUUGUUUGUUUUCCAAAUAGUAUGUGCUGUUCAGAUAGCUGUAGUUAAUGCAGUAUAUUUAGUUUACUUUGCUUAUUAUUUGUAGAAGGAUGCACUGUAAAUUGGUGUUUUGUGCUGCUCAGCUGGAAAAUUGAAGGAAAUAUCAUGCAUUUUGUUAUUUGAAAUUGCUUAUUUUGUUUUUUUGUUGGCUGAAUUACAUCUUACCUGGAGGUAUAAUGUUCUGAGGUACUGAAGCAUUGUUUGUCAAAAGAUUUGAGGAGAUUGUUCUUUCAAUAUUUUGUUGGGGUUUGCAAGUGAGGUCUUUCCUAAGUUUUGGGAUUUCUUUUUAUACAGAGAAAAAUGUGCAAUACUAUAUGUAAAGGCAUACAUCCUUAAGUCUGGUUAUUUAAUAAUGAAACUAAUAAACUGGUUUCAACUAUUAAUUCAUGAUUAUCCAUAGCUUUAAGAAAGGUUGUAUUUCCUCAACAUAUGUCAUCCUUCUGGUACAAAUGAAAUGAUUACAGCAAAACUUUUCUGUCAUUUAGUAUUUAAUGUUUUAGUAUGCUGAGUUCCCGUGGCAGAGGAUCAGUUGCUAUACUUUGUAAGCAAGACUUUGGUCGAUUGUGCUUUAUGUCAGUUUCAUCCAGGAUGAGAAGGGUCUUCAUUUGAUUUUUAACCUCUUUCCUCUUUUUGUGUUGUGUAAGUUCUCAACGUUGAGAUACUUUUUUUGCCUGCAUUCUUUCCUCUUAGUGACAACUCUUUGAUGAUGAUGUAAUUACCUAGAGAUAUCAGGUGAUCUGUAGUACAACACAGAUUAUCAACAGGUGAAUAUUUUUAUCGAAGAGAUAUUUAGUCUCUCGUCAGGGAAGUUUGUUUUGACGGAUUAGUGUUACUUGUCAUUUGACUUUCAUCCUGCCUUUGAAGAGAGAUGAGAUAUUGCAGUAACUACCUUUUAAGUUGCAGGAACUUUUAACAAGUCAUAUUUUGUAUAGUUGUUAAAUUGGUCUUAUUGCUCAGUAGUGUUUGUAGUUGACUGAGCUUUGAAUCAUGAAAGAUAUUUUAAUGCAGUCUAGUUUUGAAUCAUGAAAGGUUACUUUAAUGCAAUCUAGUUUAUAUUUUGCACUGCACAUGGUUCUGGACUGAUGUUCAGUUUAUCAUGAAACCUCACUUUGUAAGGAAUUUAUUUUCUCAUGUUUAUUACUGCAAGAUUGUUGUGUAUGUGAUGAUGACAAAGUGCUUACAUAUAUGCUUUUAUUAUAUUGUCUAGAGCACUAGCCAUAUUAAAGGAAAUGCUUCAUGUGUAAUUGUAGAUGCUUAAUGAAUGACCUUUCAUUUCUUUUGUAGAGGCCUUUUUAUGCUCAUAAGUUUUUGCUGUUUAGCUUAAGGCUAACUAAGCCAAGGUUCAGAUUAUUUGAUCUUGAUUAUUGAUGUUUGUGAGCUUUAAAUAAAUUUGGAUCCAGUUUUGAUAAUGUAAAUUCUUGUGUACAUUCAACCUGAAUUAGUUAUCUAACCACUUUCUGAUUGCCUAAACAUUUGAAUUCAGGUCCUAUAUGGGAUGAUUAUUUGAAGGAACUACUACAUAUUUUUAUUUUUUUAUGGACACUGAUUAAUGGAAUUUAUUGAAAUUUAAUUUUUGAAUUGUGAGUACUGCUCUGUAUAUUUUUAGAAUGCAGUGUUCCCAUUUCAUAACCUUCUUUUUUUUCAUUGGUCUGCAUACUUUUAGGCAUUUUCUUGAUCUAGUGUCUAAAUUUUGAUGUAGAUUUUUAACAAAUUACAGUGCAGAUAAUCUUGUAGUUAAUUUUUUUUUUUUUUUUUUUUUUUUUUUUUUUUUUUUUUUUUGAGAUUUACAAUAUACACAGAGUGAUAGCUGAAUAUUGAUGAAAUACGUAUAAUUCUUCACUUUUACUAUAAUUCUUCACUUUUACUAAGAUGGUAUGCAAUAGUAGUAUAUAAGAAUAUGGGAUUUAAAAUAUAUAAGAAGUUUUACAUGAAGGUCCCUAUACUUUAAUUGCUUACCGAAGGAUACCUUACUUCCCAGUUUUGAUUUAAUACAAUAUCAAGUUUUAUGAAUGAAAUAUUGGAAGGUUUCCUAUACAUAUCUGUACUAGAAAUGCAUACAAAAUUAUCUUUAUUCUAGUUUAAUUUAUGAUGUGUAAGGUGUAGUCUUUCAUUUGGGCAGUUCCUUAGGAAGUGUGACCUAAGGUGUAUAUUUUUCUUAUUCUCUUUAUAGAUAAAUUGUGUAUACAAUAGCCUAAAAUAAAUUGACUUUCCAUAGUCCAGUAAAGUUGAUAAAUUUUCAAACUACUUGAUGGUAUUGCAUGUGCCAUAACUGAGCAGCUAGAUACUCUAUCAAAACUUAACAUAAUUUAUCAAAACUUAACAUAAUUUAAACAUUCUAUUUUAUGUCUUCUUUUGUUAGUGGGAUGUUUAGGUACUGCCACAACUGUUGCCGUUGUUCAUUGUGCUGUUCAUCUUUCAAAGGUCUGUUGAUGACAAAGUUCAAAAUUUGUGACAUUAUUCAGAAAACUGUUCUGAAAUCUUGUGAUUCUGGAUAAUGUUAUGGAAAGGGAAAACGUGUACUAUUAUUCCUGACUUGUUUAAAACAAUGUAAUUUCUCUAAAACUAUACACAACUGAUUUAUUUUGGUGAGGUAUUUUUUAAUGGCAUGUGAAUUUGUAACUUUUUAUAAUGAUAUUGCGGUAUGGAUGCAUAAAUAAAUGUUAUCACAUAGGAAAUUAUGGUAUGAAAGUCAAACUUUGAAUAUGAUUCUACUUGAUGGGUUUAGUAGUUUUAGGAAUGCUGUCUGAAACUGCUGUGGCAUUAAUCAAUACUUUUGCUGCAUCUUUAGAUGUAUUGCAAGUUGAAAUUUUUAUGUUGAAUCCAUUUUAGAGUAUAUGGGUAUUGAUUGAAUUAUGUUCUAGAGCUUUUAAGCAAUUUUUUUCUGUGAUUUUAUGGGUAUUCGUAGAUGUGAAAGAAAUGUUUACGCAGCAUGCACAAUUGCAAAAUUUUCGAGAUGAAAACAUUAAUGAGUACUGUAUAGUGUAAUGUGCAAGCGUUUCUUUAUGAUGUUUUUGUGCAUAAAACGGAAUAUAAUAAGUAGGAGAAUUGAGUGCAUUGUGAAUGAAAAUAUAAGGAUAGAUAUGUUUAUUGCACUGUGUGGAAAAUGUGUCAUUUUUGUAGUUUUAUUUUUAUAUUUUUAUUUAUUUUUUUAGGUUUGUGCUUAAAAAUCCAAAAUUCCAAUUAUUUUAGAAAUUUAUUUCAUCAAAUUAAUAUUAGUAAAUUUUUUCGAACAAUGUUGUUUAGAAUUUAUCUAUGUUGGGGACCAUGUUUUUAGGCUUCAGUGCAGUUCUUGUUUGCUAAAUAUCAGGUCUUACAAGACUGUUCGGUAUAAAGUGUACAUAGGUUUGUAUUUCAUCUGUAGAUUGAAAUUGUUUGAUACAUUUCCAUUUUUUUUUUCUCAUAUGAUUAUUAAGAUUAAUAUACUGUAAUGUAUAACACUUGUUACUUUUAUACUUAGGUGUUCACACAUGUAAACUCAAAAAAGAUGAAAUAAUAAUUUUUGUUGUAA